AUGAGGAGGAGGAGGAGGAGGAGAAGAAAGAGGAGGAUGAGUUAUAGGGAGAGAAGGAGGAGUGGGAUGAGAAGGAGGAGAAGAAGAAAGAGGAGGAUGAGUUAUAGGGAGAGAAGGAGGAGUGGGAUGAGAAGGAGGAGAAGAAGAAAGAGGAGGAUGAGUUAUAGGGAGAGAAGGAGGAGUGGGAUGAGAAGGAGGAGAAGAAGAAAGAGGAGGAUGAGUUAUAGGGAGAGAAGGAGGAGGUGGGAUGAGAAGGAGGAGAAGGAGGAGAAGAAGAAGAGGAGGAUGAGUUAUAGGGAGAGAAGGAGGAGUGGGAUGAGAAGGAGGAGAAGAAGAAAGAGGAGGAUGAGUAAUUGGAGGAAAAGAGGAGUAGGAGAAGAAGGAGGAGGAGAGGAGCAGAAUAAGACGAAGGAAGAAGAGAAGGAUAAGUAA